CACGAGAUUUAUCUGCCAGCACCAUUGCGCCAACCCACGGUGCCCAGAGGAUCUCUAAAUACUUCGACAGUGAUGAGCGUCUCACGGCCUGCACGAUGUCUUUUAUCCGCCCCUCCUGUGCCCUCGCUGCGGCCGCGGAUACGAUGUCAAAAUCUUCAUUCGUCCCCUAGCCACCGCGAACGACGGCGGCCGAAGUUUCCCAGCGUGAAGGCAUCUGAUAUGGGACUCAUUUCGACCCCCAAAACACCUGGAGAGCUUGGAAAGCUUUUCAAGCCGUAUACGUUCGAAGAGAAGAAAGCUUUGGCGAAGAAAUACACCCCGGAGCAGCUUGAAGCUAUUGAAGCUGGAGAGAAGGCGAUCAAUCCUUCACAUCUUGGACGCAGAGGCGUGAUUCGUUCAGAUAUGGGGACUCUGCCAUACAUUGAGGAUUUUAGUAGGACGAGACCGCUUCUGGAUAAUCAGCAAAAGUACAAGGGGCCCAUUGAUCCCAAUAUCAGGUUCAUGACACCAGGCGAGUCGCACGCUGCAAUGGCCAACACCUGGCAGGAAUAUGGAAAUGAGAAGAAGGCUUGGGAGUCUCUGCAGUCAAAGAAGCCCAAAAAGGAAUCAAUAAGCGGCAUGGGCGAAGAACUCGGCCUGAAUAAAUCGGGCAUAUAUGUACCGGAGGAGCGACUCGACGAGAUGAAGACCAGCGAUCGAGAACCUUGGUUCGUGGGGACAGAUGGCAAAUUCAUACCACGAAACCAAACCCCAAUGGCCUUUGCACCCGGCCUUCCCAGGAGAUUCUCAGACGAAGAAGACGCCGCAAUUGAGAAAGAUGAGGAGGACGUCGACCCCAGAGAUCCUGAUGGUAUCUACAACAGAUUGAUCAAGUCAUCGGGCUUGACCCUGGACGAAAUAUUGAAUUACAAUGUGAAGAUCUUGGUUAGGCAUCGUGUGGUCAACCAAACUCGUUUGGGCAAAAUUGCCAGCGUUUACUGUCUUGCGAUUGCUGGGAACGGCAAUGGCAGAUUAGGUAUUGGGGAGGCGAAAGGUCAGGAAGCCGAAGAGACGCAGGCCAAUGCUAGGAUCGCAGCAAUCCGCGCCAUGCAGCCUAUUCCACGGUAUGAAGAGAGGACCAUAUUUGGGGAGGUGGAUGCAAAGGUGUCUGCUGUUGAGCUAAAACUUAUGUCUAGACCGCCAGGAUUUGGCCUCCGCUGCCAGCACUUAAUUUUCGAAAUGGCUCGAGCAGCAGGAAUCCACGACCUCGCAGCCAAAGUCCCCAGAUCACGAAACAAGAUGAACACAGUCAAGGCAGCCUACAAAGCCAUGUUGACGCAAAGAAUACCAGACGAGAUUGCUCGGGGUAGAGGCAAGAAGUUGGUAGAUGUGAGAAAAGUGUAUUAUGGUGGCCGUGUAUAAUAUUUUGUAUGUUGUACAUUGUCGAGGAUGUAUGUAUGUACGAGUACAGAGGUUGCAUAGACCAGGCGCAGCAUAGCGUGAGCACCCAAUAGCCUUGCAAUUGUAUACCUCGUUCCUCCGCUGAUAUAUGGGUAUCUUCGUAUGUGCGGUAAUUCGUGUCGCGUCUGUU